GCUACAACGAGCAGCAGCUUCACAUGGACUUUGGGAAGGCCUCCCUCCCUCCUCAGAGUACUCGCGUCGAGACCAAGCUUACAAGACAACUGUAUGACAUGGACAAGCCUUCCCGGCACAUAUACCUAUGAGGUACAUAGCUAUGAUUAAGAGAGAGUCUAGCUACACAUUGUACUGGGGGAUCUGCUGCUGCUCUGCAUCCCGCCGGAUAACUGGGUCUCGGCGAGCAUAAUCCCCCCGAAGCGGGCAGAAGAGAUUCUUUGCUGCGUGGAGACAAACUAGUCCUGAUCAAAGAAUACACUAAUGGCGAGCAGGUAAGAAGACGAUAACGAUAAUUGCGGGAGUCCACGAAUUCAUGUGAGUUGUUGUUGUACAAGUGGUCCAUCCCAGGAAAUUAUAGUAACUCGGAACAGCUUUUAGUGGGAUGGAGGGGGUGGGGAAGAGUGCGAGCCCGGUUGCUGGGAGUGGUCUUGUAAUCUAGCAUGGAUUCCAUCUCCUUUUCUUGUUCCCAUGCAACUCGACUCUUGUUAGGGUGAGCGAGAAGGAAUCAUGUACAUGUCAUAUAAAUAGCAGCGAGAGUGCGGUGGAGGUGGAGGUGGAGGUGGAGAUGGAGGUCUGGCUUUCCUUGUGGGCGGUCGGCGUCUGCGGCUUGCUUCUGAUCUACUUCUACUCCGUCGCUUGGCUGCGGCCGGAGAGCAUCCGAAACAAGCUGCGGCAGCAAGGCAUCACCGGCCCUCCGUCGUCCUUCCUCUACGGGAACUCGCUCGAGAUGAAGAAGCUCGUCAUGGCGGAGCGAUCUCGAGGCGGGCGAGGCGUGGAGAUAAAGCACGACUACACCCCCCUCGUGUUUCCUUACUUCGAGCGGUGGAGGAAACACUACGGUCCAGUGUUCUCGUAUUCGAUGGGCAAUGUGGUCGCCUUGCACGUGAGCCAUCCGGAUCUUGUGAAGGAAAUCAGCCUCUGUUCAUCUCUGGACCUGGGAAAGGCCACCUACUUGAAGAAGACCCAUGAGCCUCUGUUCGGUGAAGGCAUUCUGAAAUCCAAUGGGGUGUCUUGGUCUCACCAAAGGAAGAUUAUAGCACCCGAGUUCUUCUCCGACAAGGUUAAGGGCAUGGUGGAUUUGAUGGUGGACUCUGCCAUCCCUGUGCUGAAGUCGUGGGAGGAAACAGUGGAGCUCGGAGGAGGAACUGCAGAAAUAAAGGUUGAUGAGGAUUUAAGGUGCUACUCUGCAGAUGUGAUCUCCAGAACAUGUUUCGGGAGCAACUACAUCAGGGGGAAAGAGAUCUUUCAGAAGCUGAGAGCGCUGCAAAAGGCUGUUUCAAGACCCAAUCUCUUCGCUGAAAUCACCGGAUUAAGAUGUCUUCCCACGAAAAGAGGCCGAGAGGUGAGGAGGCUGAACAAGGAAGUGAAUUCCCUCAUCCUGAAGACGGUGAAGGAGGAGGGCGAGGGAAGGGAGAACCGCACGUCGCAGCACAGCCUGCUGCAUGCCAUCCUCCGCAGCGCCAACAACGGCCUGACCUACACCCACGCCUCCGACAGCUUCAUAGUGGACAACUGCAAGAACAUAUACUUCGCCGGCCACGAGGCCACUGCCGUGGCCACGACGUGGUGCCUCAUGUUGCUCGCCCUGCACCCGGAGUGGCAAGCUCGCGCUCGCGCCGAGGCGGCGGAGGUCUGCGGCGGCCGGUCGCUGGACGCCCACGCACUCCAAAAGAUGAAGACGUUAACCAUGGUGAUCCAGGAGACGCUGCGGCUGUACCCUCCCGGAGCAUUCGUGGCGAGAGAGGCACUACAGGAGAUGGAGUUUGGGGGGAUUCACAUCCCCAAAGGCGUCAACAUCUACGUGCCCGUCUCCACCUUGCACCACGACGCCACCAUCUGGGGUGCAGACGUGCUGGAGUUCAAGCCCGAGAGGUUCGCCCGGGGCAUCAUGGGGGCGUGUCAGCUCCCACAGACGUACUUGCCCUUCGGGGCCGGGCCACGGACGUGUCUGGGCCAGAACUUCGCCAUGAUCGAGUUGAAGGUCAUCCUCUCCCUCAUCCUCCUUAGGUUCAGCUUCUCAUUGUCACCGAACUACUUCCACUCCCCAUCCUUGAGGUUGAUUGUAGAGCCUGAGUUCGGAGUGAAGCUCAUGGUGAAGAAGGCUUGACAUGAUGACUCGCCUAACCUGAUUAUAUAUAUAUAUAUAUUUCAAUCAAAAUAUACUUGUUUUA